AUGACAGUUCCUUCUAAAUUGGCGAAGUUAUUGGAAACUAAUUGUAAACAGUAUUUCCAAAUAGCAUCUGAUAUUUCAGCUAGUCUUCAGACGAAAAAAUUGACUUUUGUCAGCGGUAAUGAAUCUGCAGAUUUGGAUAGUUGCGCUACUUCCAUAGUUUACGCCUACUUCUUACAACAUAAACACCGUGAGAGGUGUGUUGUACCUUUCUUUAAUAUUCCUAGGAACGAGCUUCGUCUUCGUCCAGAGUUGGUAUGUCUCCUCGACAUGCUGAAGAUACGUACUGAUAAUGUACUAUUUCUUAAUGACAUUGCGGCAGCUCCUGAACGACUCAGUUCGUCUCCUAUUCAUUUGGUUGAUCACAAUACACUUGACCGUGAAGAAGUAGGUAAAUUUAAAAAGACUGUCGAAGGCAUAAUCGAUCACCACAAAGAUGAAGGAAAUUAUUUAAAUGCAAACCCAAGAAUUGUAAAGGAAUGUGGCAGUUGCUCAACUCUGGUAAUUCAAUACUAUAUGGACAUCCUAAGUACUCUUUAUAACACAGAAGCGACUCGAAUGGAAGCUGAAGCUAUUUCCGUGUUGGCACUUGGUCCUAUAUUAAUUGACACUGGAAACUUGAAAAAUGAAAAGACUACGGAAACCGACGUCGAGGUAGCAAAUCAGUUAUUCAAGUUCGUUCCAUCUGGGUGGAAUCGUGAUGAGUUUUUUGGUUGUUUAAAGGAAAAAAAGGGAACGUAUAAGGGAUUUUCAUUUAUGGAUCUAUUACAUCGAGACUUGAAACAAUACGCUCCUGGAAAUGUGUCCAUAUCCUAUCCCAGUAUUGGAAAAGGAAUUGAUUGGAUCGAAGAAAAACGUAGCAAUUGGCAACAAGAGUUGAAGGAUUUUGCUGAAAAAAAACAAGUGGACCUCGUCAUAGUUGGUCUUUCCUUGAGUAAAAAAGAAGAGUUUCGUCGUCAAAUGAUUCUGUAUAAACGAACUAAGCAAGGAGAAUCAUUUGCUGAUAAGUUUUUGGAGAAAAAUAAAAACAGCUUAGGAUUAGAGUUUCUUAAAAACGUUGAAGAUAACACUAUUAAUGUAUUUAACCAAAGAAACUCUGCUGCUAGCCGUAAAAAGGUAGUACCAAUGAUUAUGGAUAGUAUCUAA